AUCUAAUAAGGCGGACGAGACGCGGUAGAUUCUGAAAACUAUUUAGUUUCUCCUUUGACGGUUGUCAGCAGACCCCCUAAAUCAUGGCGCUUUGUUGGAGAAUCUUUUCUCGCUCUCUACUUGUAAUGAGGACACCAAAAUAUUUGCUUUGGAGGCACCUCAGUUCUCAGGUUGAUGACUUCCAGGUAAGGAAAGUGAUUUUUUCUGGAAUCCAACCCACUGGAACAAUGCACAUUGGAAACUAUUUAGGAGCAAUAAGGAACUGGGUCUCAUUACAACAUGGAGAAGAGGACAUGGUCCUAUACAGCAUCGUAGAUUUACAUUCCAUCACCAUUCCACAAAAUCCUGUGAAGCUGAGACAGAGUAUCAGAAAUAUGGCUGUGUAUUUAUUGGCUUGUGGAGUGAAUCCGGAGAAAAGUAUCCUCUUCCAGCAGUCUCAGGUCUCACAACAUUUAGAGCUUAGUUGGAUUUUGGGAUGCAUGACUCCUACAGGGUUCUUAAAUCGUAUGCAUCAGUGGAAGACCAAAGCAAGUGAAAACAGAGAAAAAAGUUGUUUGGGAUUAUAUUCAUAUCCUGUGCUAAUGGCAGCUGAUAUUCUUUUGUACAAGGCAACUCAUGUCCCUAUUGGUGAAGAUCAGGCGCAGCACUUGGAACUUGCUAAAGAACUAUGUCGUCAGUUUAAUAACACAUAUGGAAACUUUUUCCCUUUCCCUAAGAGCAUUUUAGACAAUUGUCCUCGAGUGAUGAGUUUACGUGAUGGCAGCAAAAAAAUGAGCAAAUCCGAUCCAAAUGAAAUGUCAAGAAUUGAAUUAGCUGAUCCUGCAGACCUCAUCCAGAAAAAGAUUCAAAAAGCAGUAACGGACUCUGAAGAUCACAUCAGUUAUGAUCCAAAAGCAAGACCAGCUAUAUCAAAUCUGAUUAACAUUUACUCUGACCUCAGUGGGUUAACAACUCAAGCUGUGUGUGAGAAAUAUCAGAACAUGGAAAAAUGCAAGAGUAUUUUUAAAGCUGACCUCACAGAGCUAGUUGUAAGCAAGGUAACUCCUGUGCAGGAUAAAGUCACCAGGAUUCGAAAGGAUGUGGCUUAUGUAGAUAAUAUUCUACAAACUGGCGCAGAUCAAGCUAGGAACAUUGCAGCAAUUAACUUAUUGAGAAUCAAGGAGAUGCUUGGGCUUCAAUGAUUUGUGAUAGAAAUGUUGCAGUCACAGCUCCCUGAGUUGGAUAUGCUAUAGAGUGAUGUUGUCUUAAAACAAGAUGACCAAUGCAACAUUACAGGGUCUCGGUAGCUUUUUGCCUCUCGAAUUUUCCCUACUGUGCCAUCAGGCUGCUGAAGAACUUCAGUCACCUUGAUUAUCAGUGAUUAUACUCUUUCAAAUCAAUUUCACAGAACUCCCAAGUAGGAACAUCACUCAUCUUGUUUAAUUUUGGCACAAAUAUACCCUCCUUUGAAUUAAAAAGCAGUUCUUGAAUUUUGAAAGGAUUAUGAAUAAAAUGUAGAACAUAACAAUGCACAAACUACGAGUCAAACCCCUAAUUUAUGUCUCAAUAUGAGCGUAUUACCAUGUAUGACAGGAUGGAAAAUGUGUGCACUGUUAGUACCUCCCGUUGUACCAUACAGAGCCUUAGAAAACUUGUGUAGCAUUCAGGCAGGAAAGUACAAUGAUUGUAGAAACUGACGGCAAUUGUUAAUUUAAUGCUUGCAUAAUUUUUAAUUGAACUUUUUUUAAAUAGGUAAAUUAUUAAGUGUUGGCCAACAAACGAGCAUGAACAACAGCUGUCUGGGGGAGCUCUCCCUCCAAAUUACCUGCUUCUGAUCCCACCCACCCUACGAAGUUAAAUCAAAAGGGCAAUCAACAUCAUUGAA